UCUGCAUGCAAAUUGGUUAAUCUUAAAUCAAUUUGUUUGGAUCGUGUUGAAAUUUUUGUUAUUUUGAAUCUCAAACAUAAUGCCUCGUUUAGUUAUUGCCAAAUGGCGAAGGAUACGUUUUCCCACGACCAAAGUCGAAAAACUUAUGCCUCAAAUGCCUUACGUAAUUCCUGAUAAAGCAAUCAAAGUUCGAGGCGGACGUAAUCUCGAACAUUUACGUCGGAUAUUUCCCUAUCAAAUGCGAUUGAUUGCGAUUGCCCAUUCGGUCAAUCGAUUGAUUGAUCAAGAACGAGUCGAAUUCAGUUAUUACAGAGGAUAUGAAGUUCGGAAUUAUACUGAGCGGUUGAUAGCCGAAGCGAUGCGUUAUGGUGACUGUCAUGUACCAACAAUGGAACUUGCCAAUUUCUAUUUGAAAGAUAAAACCUUGAUCCAUAAAUUGUUCAAAGUAUUGGUACCACGUUAUUUAAACUAUACGACAUCAUUCACAUCGAUGCAUUUACUCUCGAAUCGUGACAUCGAUUGGUCAAAUUAUAAACAACGAUCGUACGUUAAUCAACGAGUACUGAUCGAAUUGAAAGGCAAUCCGUAUCCGCCAUUAUUGAAUCAUGAUUUAAAAAGAAAAAAUUUACUACAUAAUAUUCUUCUUAGUCAAGUUAGUCGAGAUUAUUACAUGAACAAAACAGAUGUGAAUUGUGAAACAUUAAAUGAACAAGAUUAACUCGAAUGGCAACAAAUGUUCUAGUGUAGUAAUUGUAAUAUCGAAUAUAAAUCCUUUCUUUGUAAUUAAAUAAGACAUUGUUUAAAUGAUCAAGGCUGAAAUCCAUGAGCCAAUAAUAAAAUGGCCACUGCUUCGGUGUUUGAUUUUA